AUGGCCGCAAGCGUAGUGGACGAUGUCCGGUACCGGCGUGUACCGCCCGAGGGUGGCUGGGGUUUGCUGGUUGGCGUGGGCAUGGCGAUGAUGUUCGUCGUGACGCUCGGUUCGCUGCCGUCGUUCGGGCUAAUGUUUGGCGAUUUCCUGACGGAGCUGGGCGAGGAAACGAGCGCCAUCGCGCUCAUCACCAGCUGUUUCUUCAGUGCGCUCAGCUUCGCCGGCCUGUUCACCAACACGCUGAUGAAGAAAACGUCCUGCCGGACGGUUGGGUUAAUCGGUGCCGUGUCCUACAUCAUCGGCAGCAUGAUGACCAUCUUUGUGCGCUCCACCAACGAGCUGCUCAUCUCGUUCGCCGUCUUUCAAGGCGCCGGUUUUGGGCUGAUGAUUCCGGUGUCGUACACGACGUUCAACGCGUACUUCGUGGAAAAGCGGGUGGUGAUGAUGAGUGUGGCCCAGACGCUGAUCGGGCUCGGCACCAUGUUCUAUCCCAUCUUCAUCCAGCGCUCGAUGGAUGCGUUUGGGUUUCGGGGCUGUAUGGCGGUACUGGCGGCGGUCAACAGCCACACACUGCUCGCGAUGCUCGUGAUGCAUCCGGUCGGGUGGCAUAUGCGCCGGGUACCGCUGGAUGCUACGUCCAGCGUCGAGUACGGCCCGGUACCCACCACAGCAACGGCGGCGGAACGGUCCAAGACCGAGGACGACUUCCCGGAGCUGCCGGCUGGUCGGGGGUUGCCCCAACGGAACACCAAGCUGCGAGGAUCCCGCCGGGCGUCAUCGAUACCGGGGCUGGGCAACUGGUCCGGCCCGGUGGUCGUUAGUGACAGCACGGAGCGUGACACGAAACCGGCCACCAAGUGGCAGAUCCUGGUCGACUUCCUUGACCUGACGCUGCUGAAGGAUCCAAUUUACGUCAACAUCGUACUCGGCAUCUCGUUCGCUCUCUACUCCGAUCUCGCCUUCUUCACCCUGCAGCCGAUGUACCUCUUCAUGCUCGCGUUCAGCAAGUCGGACGUUUCGCUAAUCAUCGCCAUCGGUGCCGGAGCGGAUCUAAUAUCGCGCAUCUUUCUGGCCAUUUCGAGCACAUGCCUGAACAUUAAGGCCCGCUACGUCUAUCUGGCCGGCGCACUCUUUACGAUUGUGGCACGUUUUGGAUUUUUGUGCGUGUUCGAUUUCUACGGCAUGGCCAUCGUAACCGCCAUCAUGGGUUUCCUCCGCACCUGGAUCCACGUACCGCUGCCGCUGGUGUUUUCCGAGUAUCUGCCACAGGAACGGUUUCCUUCCGGCUACGGGUUGUUUAUGUUUCUGCAGGGAAACAUUACGUUUGCGAUCGGUCCGAUCGUGGGCUACAUCCGUGACGUCACCGGAAGCUACACCGUUUCGUUCCACUGCCUAACGCUCGUGAUGGCACUCUGCGUCAUACCGUGGUUCUUCGAAAUAUGCUACUACCGGCUGCAGCGCAGGGCGCGUAAGGAGGAACCGGUCCAGCACGUGACGAUACCAAUGAUACGGGAAACGAAGGCGUGA